AUGGCCGUCGCUUACGGCGCCGCCAUCGACGCGGACAAAAACGCCGAAGUUCUGCAACGAGAACAAGAUGUCCAACCGGAGGGAUACUCUUACAGCUAUUCGAUAUCUAACGGUAUUGCCGCCCAAGAACAAGGUAGGCUGCAAAAUGACGCAAUUGCUGCUCAAGGGUCAUUCCAGUUCACGGCACCCGAUGGCACUCAAGUCCAACUCACUUAUGUGGCCGAUGAAGAAGGUUUCCACCCUCAAGGACCACAUCUGCCUACUCCACCACCGAUUCCUGACCACGUACUCAAAAGCAUACAAUAUAUUGAAUCUCAUCCACCACCAUCAAAUCGAUAG